GUUGCUAAGGUCCUGGAGCACGGGAGCUCCGGGAACGGAAUCCGCGCUUAUCUUUCCUCACACUCUCUGUGUCUCUCUUUGCCAGUUUCUGUUUCUGCUAGUCUCUGUCUCUAUCUCUCUGUCUCUGUCUGUCUGUCUCUCUCUCCCUGUCUCUCUCUGUGUCUGUCUCUGUCUGUCUCAUUCUUUUCCUAUAGAGGUGUCUACACACUUUAACAACUGAAUGGAACUUCGGUGCUGGGAAUCACUGCUACAUCACACUACCUACCUCAACUCAUUUAAAGAACAAAGUAGUCUAAAGGGGUGAAAGAGAAGCUAUGCAGAAAUCAGAGUGCUCUGGAGGUGUGCAAUUGAGAAACAGAGCAACAGGUAGUAAUGAUCGCACAUCCUCAAGCACACAGGUGAAACACAGGACUGCAGUUCAGCGCAGCAAAUCCUCCUCCUUAACCAGUUCUCCAGAGGCUGCCAGACGGGCUCAUCCUCGGCCAAGCGAUAAACUCAACCCUAAAACCAUUAACCCUUUUGGUGAACAGCCACGGGCCCCUUCUGCAUUUGCAGCUAUUUACUCUCAAGGAGGCAUUCCUUGCAGAUUGGUACAUGGCUCAGUAAAACACAGAUUACAGUGGGAAUGCCAGCCUGAAACUCUUCCAUUUGACCCGCUUCUAAUUACAUUAGCCGAGGGUCUGAGGGAGACCAAGCAUCCUUAUACCUUUGUGUCAAAGGAAGGCUUUAGGGAGUUACUUCUGGUCAAGGAUGCUCCUGAAAAAGCUAUCCCUUUGCUACCUCGACUGAUCCCUGUGUUGAAGGCAGCUCUAGUUCACUCUGCUGAUGAAGUGUUUGAAAGAGGACUGAGCGCUCUCGUGCAACUGAGUGCGGUUGUUGGCCCGUCUCUGAAUGGCCAUCUGAAACUACUGCUUACAAGUCUUUCGAAGAGGCUAAUGGACAAAAAAUUCAAAGAGCCCAUCACCAGUGCUUUACAAAAGCUGGAGCAGCACGGCGGAAGUGCAAGUCUUAUCAUCAUCAAAUCCAAAAUCCCAACAUACUGCUCUAUCUGCUCUUGAGCAAGGGAGGCAACAAAAGCCAUGCUGCUUCCUUAGGCGCUGCCUGUGGUCACCUGGGCUGUCUGUCAGUCCAGUUCAUUCUGACUCACAGCACCAUUCAUUCAUGAACUCUGCUGCAAGAACCAAUGUCAAAUUCAGAAGAAUCAUCAUACAAGAAGUUGUCAACAGAAAACUAAUUAAAGUAAUGUGCAUAAAAGUUGAGUGCUGUGGGGGUUUCUCGUCCUUGUCAUCUGUGCGAGUUUAUGGAUCAUAUCUGUGUGUGUAUUUUCCAGUACAUUUUUACUUACAGCCCAUCUGAAGAUCACUUUGUGACUGUACUUUACUUUAUAGGUUGGUUUUGGCCAUUUCUUGGUUUUUAUAUUUAUCAAGACUGAAAAAGUUUUAAGAAAGCAAGUAAACAUUUGUGACUUCAUUAUUAGCCGGAGUGUGUAAAUGUGUAUUUUAUAUUGCGGGAAUGCUUGGUAAUAUCAUUUUUGUUCUGAAUAUUCUAGCUUUACAAAUUUCUUUUAAAUGUGUUGUUCAUUACAACUUUUUAAAGUACCUAAACUUUAGGUGUUAAUUGGAAUUAAGUAAAUGCUAUUUUUGUAUUUUGUAGCCCCAAAAUACUGAUGAUGUAUAUAUACAGGUAUUCAGAGAUUAAAAUCUUAAAUCUUA